AUGAUACCGCUUUGCAACCGAGCUGGGCGCCGCCUGCUGCGGGUGGCGGGGGCGAGCCAGUGGCUGCCUCUCCUGAGCCCCCCGCUGAGCAGAGGCUGCCAUUCGGGGGAAGCCCGGGGCGCCCCCUCCAAGGCCACCAAGAAGAGAGGCUACGACAUCACCAGGAACCCCCAUCUCAACAAGGGGAUGGCCUUUACACUUGAAGAGAGGCUACAACUUGGAAUUCAUGGUCUGCUUCCUCCAUGCUUCUUGAGCCAAGAUGUUCAAGUUCUCCGUGUCAUGAAAAGCUACGAGACCAAAUCCAGUGAUCUAGACAAAUACAUUAUUCUUAUGACACUGCAAGACAGAAACGAGAAGCUUUUCUACAGAGUGCUGACCUCUGACAUUGAGAGAUUCAUGCCCAUAGUUUAUACUCCCACCGUCGGCCUGGCCUGUCAGCAGUAUGGUCUAGCUUUCAGAAGGCCACGUGGACUGUUUAUCACCAUUCAUGACAAAGGCCAUAUUGCAACAAUGCUAAACUCCUGGCCUGAAGAAGAUAUAAAGGCCAUCGUGGUGACAGAUGGAGAGCGAAUUCUAGGCCUAGGAGAUCUAGGAAGUUAUGGCAUGGGGAUCCCAGUAGGGAAACUUGCCUUGUACACAGCCUGUGGUGGAGUUCACCCACAACAGUGUCUGCCUGUCCUGCUUGAUGUUGGCACAGACAACGAGGCUCUCCUGAAUGAUCCACUCUAUAUUGGACUGAAACACAAGCGGGUCCGUGGGAAACAAUACGAUGAACUGAUUGAUGAGUUUAUGCAAGCAGUCACUAACAAGUAUGGCAUGAAUUGCUUGAUCCAGUUUGAAGAUUUUGCCAAUGCCAACGCUUUCCGUCUUCUCAACAAAUACCGCAACAGAUAUUGUACAUUCAACGAUGACAUUCAGGGUACUGCCUCUGUUGCAGUAGCUGGCAUCUUCGCAGCCUUAAGAAUCACAAAGAACAAGCUCUCCGACCAUAAGUUUGUUUUCCAAGGAGCCGGAGAGGCUGCCAUGGGCAUAGCCCAGCUCAUCGUUAUGGCCAUGGAAAAGGAAGGAAUUUCGAGGGAAGACGCCAUCAAAAAAAUCUGGAUGGUGGACUCCAAGGGACUAAUUGUCAAGGGGAGGAGUCACCUGAACCACGAGAAGGAAAUGUUUGCCCAAGAUCACCCCCAGAUGAGAACUCUGGAGGAGGUAGUGCAAAGAGUGAAGCCGACAGCUAUUAUAGGUGUAGCCGCCAUCGCAGGAGCUUUCACGGAGAAGAUUUUGAAGGACAUGGCGUCUUUCAAUGACAGGCCCAUCGUAUUUGCCCUAAGUAACCCCACGAGUAAAGCAGAGUGCACAGCCGAGCAGUGCUAUCACCUAACAGAGGGCCGAGGCAUAUUUGCAAGUGGGAGUCCAUUCCCUAAAGUAACCCUGGCCAGUGGACAGACCUUCUUCCCCGGCCAAGGAAAUAAUGCCUACGUGUUCCCCGGAGUGGCGCUGGGAGUCAUUGCCUGCGGGGUCCGGCAUAUCUCCGAUGAUAUCUUCCUCACCACGGCAGAGUCUAUUGCUGAAGAGGUCACGGAGGAGCAUCUUGCUGAAGGGAGACUCUAUCCUCCCCUGAGUACCAUCAGAGAGGUGUCCUUCAAAAUUGCUGUUGAAAUUGUUGACUACGCCUACAAACAUAAUCUGGCUUCCUGGUACCCAGAACCAGAAGACAAGGAAGCCUUUGUCAAAGCCCUCAUCUAUAGCACUGAAUAUGAGUCAUUUGCUAUCGAUAACUACAGGUGGCCACAAGCAGCCAUGCACAUUCAAGAUGUAUAA